AAUGCAGGUAAGAUCCACGUAAAGGACGAGGUUUUCCCGUGGAAUGUGUGGAAUGUGGCGGUGCAUCUUCGACUUUGACUUCGAUUCUUUGACUUGAGCUCGCAGAACAAGAGAGGCGAAGAAGAAGGUUGUUGUGUCGCUCUAUAAUAAUGAAGACCUCCAAGGAAGCCGUGCAAUCAGCUGCUAAAGAGUUUUUACACUUUGUCAACAGAGGGGUGUCUCCAUUUCACGUGGUGGAAGAAUGUCGAAGACGUCUACUGGAAGCAGGAUUCGUCGAGCUGAAGGAGAUGGAGAAGUGGGACAUCAAGCCAUCCAGCAAGUACUUUGUGACCAGGAACUUCUCCAGUGUCAUUGCCUUUGUUGUGGGGGGGCGCUACUUGCCUGGAAAUGGCUUCUCCAUGGUUGGCGCCCACACAGACAGCCCCUGUCUCAGGGUGAAGCCAAGGUCUAAGAGAACGAAGCAGGGCUGCCUGCAGGUUGGCGUGGAGUGCUACGGUGGUGGCAUUUGGAACACAUGGUUUGAUCGCGACCUGACCAUUGCGGGGCGUGUCAUGGUUAAGAAAGAAGACAAGCUUGUACAGCGGCUGGUGCAUGUGCCGCGACCUUUGCUGAGAAUUCCUCACCUGGCCAUUCAUCUACAGAGGGACGUCAAUGACUCCUUUGGCCCCAACAAGGAGAAUCACCUUGUGCCCAUUCUGGCCACGGCUGUCCAGGAAGAGCUGGAGACGGGCAAUGCAUCAUCAGGAGAUGCCACCAACUCUUCCAACACGGCCGAGAAACACCACCCAGCACUGGUGAAGAUUCUGUGUUCCGAGCUGGGAGUUGACCCUGAAGCCUUGCUGGACUUCGAGCUCUGUCUGGCUGACACUCUGCCAGCGGCGCUGGGUGGAGUAUACGAAGAGUUCAUUUUCUCCCCUCGCUUGGACAACCUCCACAGCUGCUACUGCGCCCUGCAGGGGCUGAUUGAGUCCUGCUUGGGGGACUCGCUGAACAAAGAUCCCAAUAUCCGCAUGGUGACGCUGUAUGACAACGAAGAGGUGGGCUCAGAAAGCGCUCAGGGGGCGCAGUCAAACCUAACGGAGCUCAUCCUCAGUCGCCUGGCUGCCUCCUCCUCAAACCCCACCGCCUUCCAGCAGGCGGCGCCACUCUCCUUCAUGAUCAGUGCUGACAUGGCGCACGCCGUGCACCCCAACUACCAAGAGAAACACGAGGAGAACCAUCGACCAUUCUUCCACAAGGGCCCAGUGAUCAAGUUCAACAGCAACCAGCGCUAUGCCACCACGGCUGUGACUGCCGCCGUAGUCCGAGAGGUCGCCAGCCGAGUCGGUGUUCCUCUUCAGGAUGUGAUGGUGCGUAACGACAGCCCGUGCGGAACCACCAUCGGACCCAUUCUGGCCGCUCGUCUCGGCGUGCCUGUGGUGGACAUUGGCGCUCCGCAGCUCUCCAUGCACUCCAUCCGGGAGAUGUGCUGCACCUCCAGCGUAUUGCAAAGCACCACCCUCUUUAAGGCUUUCUUUGAGUUGUUUCCUCAUUUGAGGAGUUCACUGGUGGUGGAUUAGAAGGAAGGAAAUGCCGGACAUGAGGUGGAGCGAUUGCAGCACAUCCUGGAUGUAAAAUUUGUCCAUGCACAGGUGUCACCUCUUGCUGCGCACUACUGUAAUUAUAUGCAUUAAACAUUG